CGGCGCGGUUCUCGCUGAUCUUUGUGCGAAGCGGAGCAGCCGCGGAGAUCAGCCUCAGUCCGAGCAGAGCAACACGGAGGGCAGCGCCGACUCCGGAGGCCAGAAAACGACCCCACAGCGAUUACAUAGCCACGGCGACCACCCUGACAUGGUCCUCUGGUGACGCCACUGAGGCGGAGGAGCGGCACACAGCGCCACCAGGCGGGCCGGGGGGGGCACCGCACCCGUCUCUCAGCCGUUCAGCGCCGGCGCCGCCCGAUGGACGGCCGGCUGUGAGAGCGCAGCGAGCCACGACCCACAGCAGCCGAGGAGAGGAGCCAGGGAGGGCAGAGGCUUGGAGCGGACCGGACCGGACCGGGGAGCCGCCAUGUCGUCCAACCGGACCCAGAACCCCCACGGACUGAAACAGAUCGGCCUGGACCAGAUCUGGGACGACCUGCGGGCCGGCAUCCAGCAGGUGUACACGCGGCAGAGCAUGGCCAAGUCCCGCUACAUGGAGCUCUACACACAUGUAUAUAACUAUUGCACCAGCGUCCACCAGUCCAGCCAGGGCAGGGGCUCCGUUCCCCCGGCUAAACCCUCCAAGAAGUCCAGCACCCCGGGCGGGGCCCAGUUCGUGGGCCUGGAGCUCUACAAGCGACUGAAGGAGUUCCUGAAGAACUACCUGACCAGCCUGCUCAAGGACGGCGAGGACCUGAUGGACGAGUGCGUGCUGAAGUUCUACACCCAGCAGUGGGAGGACUACCGCUUCUCCAGUAAGGUCCUGAACGGGAUCUGUGCCUACCUCAACCGCCACUGGGUCCGACGGGAGUGUGACGAGGGCCGCAAGGGGAUCUACGAGAUCUACUCGCUGGCUCUGGUCACCUGGAGGGAGUGUUUGUUCCGGCCGCUCAACAAACAGGUGACAAACGCCGUUCUGAAGCUGAUUGAGAGGGAGAGGAACGGCGAGACCAUCAACACCAGACUCAUCAGCGGCGUGGUCCAGUCCUACGUGGAGCUGGGCCUGAACGAGGAGGACGCCUUCGCCAAAGGUCCCACGCUGUCCGUCUACAAGGAAUACUUUGAGUGUCAGUUCCUCACCGACACGGAGCGCUUCUACACGCGGGAGAGCACCGAGUUCCUGCAGCAGAACCCCGUCACCGAGUACAUGAAGAAGGCGGAGGCCCGGCUGCUGGAGGAGCAGCGCCGCGUCCAGGUCUACCUCCACGAGUCCACGCAGGACGAGCUGGCCCGCAAGUGUGAGCAGGUUCUGAUCGAGAAGCACCUGGAGAUCUUCCACACCGAGUUCCAGAACCUGCUGGACGCCGACAAGAACGAAGAUCUGGGCCGCAUGUACAACCUGGUGUCGCGCAUCACGGACGGGCUGGGCGAGCUGAAGAAGCUGCUGGAGACCCACAUCCACAACCAGGGCCUGGCCGCCAUCGAGAAGUGUGGCGAGGCGGCGCUCAACGACCCAAAGGUGUACGUGCAGACAACGCUGGACGUCCACAAGAAGUACAACGCCCUGGUCAUGUCCGCCUUCAACAACGACGCCGGCUUCGUGGCCGCGCUCGACAAGGCGUGCGGCCGCUUCAUCAACAACAACGCCGUCACCAGGAUGGCGCAGUCCUCCAGCAAGUCCCCCGAGCUGCUGGCGCGUUACUGCGACUCUCUGCUGAAGAAGAGCUCCAAGAACCCAGAGGAGGCCGAGCUGGAGGACACGCUGAACCAAGUGAUGGUCGUCUUCAAGUACAUCGAGGACAAGGACGUCUUCCAGAAGUUCUACGCCAAGAUGCUGGCCAAGCGCCUGGUCCACCAGAACAGCGCCAGCGACGACGCCGAGGCCAGCAUGAUCUCCAAGCUGAAGGUCAGUACCGCUCACACGACCCGGCCCGCUGUCCUUCAGAACCCUGCGCUGACGUCUCUGUCCCCCCCCCCCCCCCCGCAAGCCUGCGGCUUCGAGUACACGUCCAAGCUGCAGCGCAUGUUCCAGGACAUCGGCGUCAGCAAAGACCUCAACGAGCAGUUCAAGAAGCACCUCAGCAACUCCGAGCCUCUGGACCUGGACUUCAGCAUCCAGGUUCUGAGCUCCGGCUCCUGGCCUUUCCAGCAGUCCUGCACCUUCGCUCUGCCGUCAGAGCUGGAGCGGAGCUACCAGCGCUUCACGGCGUUCUACGCCAGCAGACACAGCGGCAGGAAGCUCACCUGGCUCUACCACCUGUCCAAAGGAGAGCUGGUCACCAACUGCUUCAAGAACCGGUACACGCUGCAGGCCUCCACCUUCCAGAUGGCCAUCCUGCUGCAGUUCAACACGGAGGACAGCUACACGGUGCAGCAGCUCACCGACAGCACGCAGAUCAAAACCGACAUCCUGGUUCAGGUUCUGCAGAUCUUGUUAAAGUCCAAGCUGCUGGUUCUGGAGGACGAGAACGCCAACGUGGACGAGGUGGACUUCAAGCCGGACACGGUCAUCAAACUGUUCCUCGGAUACAAGAACAAGAAGCUGAGGGUCAACAUCAACGUCCCCAUGAAGACGGAGCAGAAGCAGGAGCAGGAGACGACCCACAAGAACAUCGAGGAGGACCGCAAGCUCCUCAUCCAGGCGGCCAUAGUGAGGAUCAUGAAGAUGAGGAAGGUUCUGAAGCACCAGCAGCUCCUGGCUGAGGUUCUGAACCAGCUGUCGUCCCGAUUCAAGCCCAGAGUUCCCGUCAUCAAGAAAUGCAUCGACAUCCUGAUAGAGAAGGAGUACCUGGAGCGCGUGGACGGCGAGAAGGACACCUACAGCUACCUGGCCUGAUCCGCCGCGGCGCCGCGCCUCACCUUGAUUUUUAUUUGUAACCUUUUUUUUUUUAUUUGAUGUCUGCGUAAAUAAAGUGUGGAUCCCUCUGAGGAGGAAGAGGAGGGUGUUCUGCUCGCUCUGCAGUGAUGAAGAAGGAAAGGCCCCUACUGUUGAGACUGGGAAACCCCGUGUACUCGCUCGCCCGUCCCGUCGACUCCAACUCGCCCUCAUGUUGUAAAUAACGGCCCGACCGACCGGAACCGGAAGAGGAACAGAACCCUCACCUGCAGACGCCCCGUGUCUGGCAGAGGAGCGCCGCAUCCAAAGGUUUCUGCAUGCUACUGCCUACCUGCACCACAAAGAUUAGAGACAGAGCUGGGGCCGCACCGUCCGGGUCCAGGUCCGGUUCAUGCAGGAGGCCCGGUUCGUUGCCCAACGGUGGACAUUUGUAUAGUGUGGUUCAUUUUCUAAAUGUGUGAUAAAUAAAAAUAAGGAAAGAUUUCUCUAA